AUGGCGAUGAUGAUGACUGGCCGUGUGCUGCUGGUAUGUGCCCUCUGCGUGCUGUGGUGCGGUGCGGUUUUUGGGUACGCGAUGGAGGAUUACUGCAGUGAGGGUGGAGGGAACGGUUUGAGGCACACGAGUAAUGGUGGAGAUGACGGCGUGUCUCUAAAGUCGGACUGCAGGUUGUUAUCCGCUCGAAUGGCAUUAAUAAAGGCGGUUGAAGCUGAGGAAGCUGGAUCAGGAUUGAGUGUUACACUCCCACCGGGUAAGCCGAAAGAAACAUCGCUUGAUAAUAAUCAGGGAGGAGGGGCGCCUGGUUUAGGAGGAGAUCUCGGUGUCGAAGGUCAACCAGAAGCAGCAGCAUUACAGCCGACGCCUGGAGGAUCAGGUACAGAAGAACAGGUUACGGAAUUAGAAGUGGUGGAUCCACAUGAUAAAAACGUAGCAGGAGAUAAGAAGGAACAAAAGGACGUUAAUGCAGGUGAUUCCCAACACCAAAGAGCUGAUCAAUCGUCGUCGUCUUCUUCUUCAUCUGGCAGCUCUGGCACUGAGAAUGUCAAACAACCCGCUUUGAAGGAAAAUUCCAAGAGUAAUGAAAUCCCCGAUAAACCGCCGCAAGAAGAAGAGGAGGAAGAAGAAAAAGAUCUUCGCAGUAAAUCUGACGGUCGUGAAGAGGAGGCGGAAGAAAAAGAGACAGAAGAAGACAAAAAAAAAGCAAGCAAUCAGGCACCAACGGAGACACCUGGAGGUCCAACCAAUAAAGAAGAAAUACAAACAGCAACAACAGAAACGAAUGGACAGCCCAGCCCUGAGGCUUUAGGGGACGUGAAACAGUCAGAAGAAGUCCAAGACGAAAAGGACUCAAACAACAACUCACAAACAAAGAGCGUUGACUCCAUCGCAGCCAAUCAACCGAAUGAACCAUCUGCCGACCAUGGAGAAUCAGGGCCACUAUCACCCACGGCAAACGGUGAUGCCGCCAAUAAUGAUUCUGAGAGGAGCACGCAAACAACUGGAGACUAUGGUCCAGCAGCUGAUGUUGCAGGGACAGCAGAGGGAAAACAAAAUGAAAAUAAAGAUGUCAAUCCGAAAGAAACACCAGUGACGGCCACAGCCAUGAAAACUACAACGGUGACAACUGGCGACAGUGACGGCAGCACCGCGGCCUCCCACACCACCUCCCCUCUUUUGCUUCUUCUUUUUGUUGCGUGUGCGGCUGCUGCUGCGGUGGUGGCCGCGUGA